GAACAAGUCGACCUCCUGACGUACGUCUUCCACUUCCGGGUUGUGCGUCCUCUCUCCCUCAUGCGGCAGUAGCAUGGCGGCCAAAAACAAGAAAAGCAAAACGCUCAAAGCGGCUAAAAAAAUGCCAAUUCAUCACGAAAAGGACGAUAUGGAGCCUGAAGACGGCGGCGAAAAUGACAAUGAAGACUUGGACGACGAUGAAGACCAGACGGGGGACGACGAGUUCAAUCUGGAGGAAGUUCUGCUGCUUGGUGGUACUCGGGCUGACUUCACACUCCUGAGCAGCCUGGACACUUCCAAAGAGCUGGUAGACGGAGGAAAAAAAGGCGCCAUAGAUGACCUGAAGGAAGGAGAACUGGAGAACUUCAUUGCUUCAUUAGGCAUUCGGGGGCAAGCUGACAAACAGAUCCUGCCAGACAAAACUGAGGGAAAUAUAAUUUCAGAGAACGCCAGCAAAAGGUCCAAAACAAAGAGUCUUGGUGAGGAAAAUACAUGCAACUCUCUGGUGAGGGUUUCAGAGAAGCAGCAGAAGACAACCAAAGCUGCUCCGGCGAAAAGAGUCAAACAAAACGUGUUUGAGUUCCAGCGGAGGAUAGUCCUGCUGAUCAAACCUGGUGACAAAUGGCACAACAUGGACUACAGCACAGAGGGCUCGUCGGCCCCACAGGACCCCAGCGUGGUGAUGCAGUACAAGACGCUGGCCCAGCAGCUUUUUCAGGCUGACGUGGAGCUCUUCAAGAGCAAGAAGAAGCUGCAGAAAGGAGCCAACUUGGCCUGGAUGAAGACAGUGGUCUCUUCCGGCGUGCUGGCAGACAGGAUGGCGGCCAUGACGAUUCUGAUCCAGGACGCUCCGGUGCACAUGCUGGAGCACGUGGAGAGCCUGGUGUCCAUGGUGAAGAAGAAGGGCAGUCGCAGGAUGAGCCUGAUGGCUCUUGACACUCUGAAAGAGCUGCUCCUCUCCGACCUGCUCCCUGAGAACAGAAAGCUCCGCCCCUUCGACCAGCACCCUUUCGACAAGUUGGAGGAAAUGGCCAGCGGCAAUCGCGAUGCCCGCGAUCGACGGCUCAUCCUGUGGUACUUCGAGCACCAGCUGAAGCACCACGUGGCACAGUUUGUGGCGGCGCUGGACGAGGUGGCUCACGACACCGUGGCCGCCACCAAGGUUAAGGCACUGGCCGCCGCCCACGAGCUGCUGUGCUCGCGGCCCGAACAGGAGAGGGCACUGCUGGUCCAGCUGGUCAACAAGGUGGGCGACCCCGAGUACAAGAUGGCCGCUAAGGCCUCGCACCUACUGGAGACGCUGCUUCACAAACACCCCAAUAUGAAGGCAGUUGUUUGCUGCGAGGUGGAGUGCCUCAUGUUCCGCACCAACAUUAGCGCCAAAGCUCAGUACUAUGCAGUCUGCUUCCUCAGUCAGGUGCGCCUCAGCCACGACGAGGCCGAGCUGGCCGCCAAACUCAUCGGCAUCUACUUUUCCUUCUUCCGCAUCUGCGUCAAGAAGAAGGACGUGGACUCGAAGAUGCUGAGUGUGCUGCUGUCGGGUGUCAACCGGGCGUACCCGUACGCCAACACCGGCGACGAGAAGGUGAAGGAGCAAAUGGACACGCUAUUCAAAGUGGUGCACAUGGUGAGAUUCAACACGGCCGUGCAGGCGCUAAUGCUGCUCUUCCAAGUGAUGGACGCUGAGCAGAGCAUCUCCGACCGCUAUUACCUGGCCUUGUACAGGAAGAUGCUGGAUCCCGGCCUGUCAAUGUCAUCCAGACAGAACAUGUUCCUGAACCUUCUUUACAAGUCUCUGAAAGCAGACAUCGUGCUGCGGCGAAUCAAAGCCUUCGUCAAGCGUCUGCUGCAAGUCAGCGCCGAGCAGGGCGCCAACUUUGCCUGCGGUGCUCUCUUCCUGGUGUCAGAGGUCAUGAAGGCCAAGCCGGGCCUGAAGAUGCUGCUGCAGCAGGAAACGGACGCUGAAGAAGAAUUCAAAGACCUUCCUGAAGAAGAAGAAGAAGAUGAUGAUGAAGAGGAGCGCUUCAUUGACACAGACAAGCCGCAGGAAGCUGCGGAACCAAUGGAGUCCAAGCCUGCGUCGUCAUGGGUCCAUCACCAGAACCUUGAAGGCAUAAAGCACAUGCAGAAAUAUGAUCCGCUGAACAGGAAUCCACUUUUCUGUGGUGCAGAGUACAGCACACUGUGGGAACUACAGCGAUUGUCGCUGCACUUCCACCCGUCAGUGUCACUCUUUGCUAAAACACUUCUUCAGGAUGACUUCAUUACGUAUUCUGGAGACCCCCUUCAGGACUUCACUCUCAUUCGCUUCCUGGACAGAUUUGUCUUCAGAAACCCCAAACAGCUGAAAGGCAAACAGAACACGGACACUGCGGUGGUUUCACACAAACAGAGAUCACAUUCAUUUGUGAGGCCUGUGGCAGUGAACAGCCAAGACUUUGUGUCCAAAGAAGAAAGUCAGAUUCCUGUGGAUGAAAUCUUCUUUUAUCGUUUCUUCAAGAAGCGUCUGCAGGAGAAGCAUUUUCGUCGGCCGCGAGAAGACGACGACGACAAUGACAGCUUGGAGGAUGUCGAUGAUGACGAGUUUGAGAGGAUCCUCGAUUCCUGUGAGGGAGAGUCGCACUUCACCGAACAGCCAGCAGAGGACUUGGACUUUGCAGGGAACGUGUCGAGUGGCAAAAACAAAAAAGGCAAAAAAGACUUGGACGACUCUGAUGACUCAGACAUGGACGACCUGGAUGAUGAAGAGGUGUCUCUGGGCAGCAUGGAAGACAAAGACUUUGGAGAGGAGCUGGAGGACGAAGGAGGAACUUUCAUGGAUCUUGAAGGAGGAUAUGCUUCUGAUGAUGGCGACGAAGACUUUUUAGAGCUUGAAGAAGACGACGAUGAUGUUGGAAACUCAGAUGAAGAUGUAGACCCUGCUAAGGCGCCAUCACGUUCAAAGGCAGUCAAAAGGAAGUUGACGGAAGGGAUGGACUUCUCUAGAACUUUAGGCUCUAAACAAGCAAAGAAGAUGAAGAAGAAAGGACAGAAAGACACAACCAUGUUUGCUGCUGCUCAGGAGUUUGGCUGUUUGCUGGACGACAACGCCGGCGCCAAGUUUGACAACAUCGGACUUAACGCCAUGGCCAACACUGACAGAGCGGGCAUCAAGCAGCUUAAGUGGGAGAGUCAACGUGACGACUGGAUCCACGACCGCGACGCCAAGACGCUGCGCAGAAAGAAGAAUGUCUUCAACAAAAGGAAGCUGAUGGGCCGGCCCAGGGCGGUUGGCGGGAACAAAAACAAGAAGAGGAAGUAGUCUUUUAUAACUUUUUCAUGUCUGACAUAUGACAUCAUUUUGAGAGGGCGGAGCCUGAUUGGCACUAAUGACCUCCACCAAUAUUUGACUGAAAAAAAUCAUCAUGGGCAAUGUGAUGAAGAUCUAAUAAACAUCUUUGUUUGCAGCUUGCGCCCCCCUUCAGCCCAAUAAGUGUCUUUGUUCACUUUCUACAAUAUUCUGUUGCUCGUUUAUGGAACUAUUUGUCAUAUAAUUGUCAAUUAAAAAGUGGUUUUAGUA